CUCGGAUCCGAGUACCCAUCCGAGAAAAUUUUCCCAGAAAUCGUCACGUCACUCUCUUAAAUCUUCCCCACAUUUUCCUUUUCUUUCCCGGGGAAAUCAAAGGAAAAGGAAAAGGGCCAAUGUACUCGGCGAUUCGUUCGCUUCCUCUCGAUGUUAGUGUGGGUGGGCACAGCGAGUUCCAUGGAGCUCUCGACGGGACGAAUCUUCCCGGCGAUGCUUGCUUGGUCUUGACGACGGACCCCAAGCCCCGUCUCCGGUGGACGGCGGAGCUCCACGAGCGGUUCGUCGACGCCGUCACUCAGCUCGGCGGACCCGACAAAGCAACACCCAAAACUAUUAUGAGAACGAUGGGGGUGAAGGGCCUCACUCUCUACCACCUGAAAUCACAUCUUCAGAAAUACCGCCUCGGGAGGCAAGCAUGCAAGGAAUCAACCGAGAAUUCUAAGGAUGCUUCUUGUAUCGCGGAGAGUCAGGACACGGGUUCGUCCUCAACAUCAUCAUUGAGAAUGGCUGUGCAGGAGCAGAACGAGGGUUACCAGGUCACUGAAGCUUUGCGGGCACAGAUGGAAGUACAGAGAAGACUACAUGAGCAACUAGAGCAUGAGCAGGUGCAAAGGUGUCUCCAGCUGAGGAUAGAGGCGCAAGGAAAAUACCUACAGACGAUUCUGGAGAAGGCUUGCAAGGCGCUGGAUGAGCAAGCGGCCGCCUUUGCCGGUCUAGAGGCUGCAAGAGAAGGGCUUUCAGAGCUAGCCAUCAAGGUCUCAAAUGGAUGUCAAGGAGAAACAACAACAGUCUCUUUCGACACAACCAAGAUGAUGAUGAUGAUGAUGCCAUCCUUGUCUGAACUCGCAGUAGCCAUAGACCACAAGCCCAACAACAACAACAACAACUGUUCAGUUGAGAGCUCUCUGACUUCCACAAAUGCUGGAAGCCCGGUUUCGGCCGCUGUCUUGGCCAAGAAGAGACAUAGGGGCGUGUUUGUAAACGCGGAUAGCAUGGCCAUGGGAGGGACAGUGAGGCAUGAGGCUGAGUGGGUGAUGCCUAGUAGUAGCUCCAUUAGAUAAGUUAGGAAGGAAGAAUUUCUGGCAAGGUAGAGACAGAGAUUAAUUAACUUUCUUUGUUUUAUCAUCUUUUCACUGUUUCAAAGACUGUAUUCAUCACAACAUUGUCAUCAAAAUGUUGUCUUUA